UGAUCUGUGUGUUAGGUUUACAGAGUGCUGAUGAAUCUUCUCUCUUCAUGUGGUGUUGAUCUUUCAGGUGUCAUCAGUCUGAGUCUCCUUCAGAACAUUUCAGCUGAUCUGUUAUCUGUUGAUCCUGGAGAAAACAUCACUCUGUUCUGUAACAUCACUAAUUAUUCAGAGAUAUCGUGGUAUCACAUGAACUCAUCAGGCGUGAGGCAGAUUAUAUUGACCAGACAAAGGAAACUGGACAAAAUAUUUCAAAUAGUUUAUAAUGAGGAUAAGAGUCACUUUACUAUAUCAGAAAGCAGCAGUUCAGUCAGUUUAGUGAUUAUUGGAGUUAGAGACACAGAUCUGGGAUUUUAUUACUGUGGAGGUCGAAACAAGGAACACAUUCAGUUUGGGAAAGUCAUCAGUCUGAACUUUACAGGUGGCAGCAGAAAUGAGACUCGUUCUUCAUCAGAGGAUUCAGAUUCACAGCAGACUGGAGGAACUGAGAACAUCUGGAUUAUACUUAUGAUCAUAAUGUGUGUGUGCUCCAUCUCUGUCCUAAUAAACAUCAUCUGCAUGUGUGUGUUCUGCAGCAGGGUGGAAGGAAAAUUAUCAUCAUCAUUAUCAUCAUGCUGCAGUCACGACACCAGCUCCACUGAACAGGACGAAAAGAUUCAUCAUGACAGUUCGCUGUAUGACAGAAAGUUCACAGGAUCUGUUAAGAUCAACAAAGCUUCAGAUUUGGACUGUGUGACUUACGUAACCUUCACCUCACAGCCACAGAGACACUGA